AUGGGGAGAGGGAAGAUCGCCAUUCAAAGGAUCGAUAAUUCAACAAGCAGACAAGUUACUUUCUCAAAGCGUAGGAAAGGAUUGAUCAAAAAGGCAAAGGAGCUAGCAAUCCUGUGUGAUGCUGAAGUUGGCCUUGUAAUCUUCUCCAGCACUGGGAAGCUAUUUGAGUUUUCAAGCACCAGCAUCAAAGCAGUAACUGAAAGAUAUAACAAAUCAAAGGAGGAACAUCUGCAACUGCAGAAUCCAGCAUCAGAAGUCAAGUUCUUGCAAAGGGAGGUAGCAAUCUUAAGGCAAGAACUGCAGAACUUGCAAGUAAACCAACGGCAUAUGAUGGGACAACAACUUUAUGCUUUGGGUGUCAAAGACCUACAAAAUCUGGAGAAUCAACUAGAAAUGAGCCUACAAGGUGUGCGACUCACAAAGGAACAAGUCUUAACUGAUGAAAUACAAGAACUAAGCCGAAAGGGCAAUCUUGUCCAUCAGGAAAAUAUGGAACUCUAUAAGAAGGUUUACAGCACCAGGCACAUGAAUGCAGCAAGCAUAAGUUCUUUCAUCCCAUAUGGAACUAACCUCAGAGACGACUUGGAUGUCCCUCAUGUCCAUCUUCAGCUAUGCCCCCCGAGCAACAAAAUUAUUAGCCACCAACAAGAGAAACAGAGUAAAAGAGGGAGUACGUCUAUAUCAAGAAAUUGUGAGCUGAGGAUUUCGGACAAAUGUUAUUCAACUUACUCUGGGCAAAUAACAAAGCGCUUCUUGGUGUGAAUGAGCUAGACAAAAUCCCA